ACAAGUCCGCCGGCGGGGAGGAGAGCGGGAGGCGGAGGGGUGGGGGGGGCGCUUCCCGCCCCGCGCCUGAAAAGCCUCUCUGACAAGUGGCAAACCGUUAGCAGAGCACGCUGCUCCCUCCCAAGGGCGGCUGGAAGCCGCGGGGGAUCGCCCCGCACCCGGCCCUGCUGCCGGCUUUGGGCUCCUCGCCCCCGCCUACCUUCCCCCCCCCCCUCUUCCCGCCCCCGCUGCGGGGCUGAGUCGCGACCCGCUGCCGGGCGGCGUGCGGUGCGCGCCGCCGCUUCGCCGGGAAAGUGUGCGAGCCGGUUGCGGGCUUUUCUUCCACUUACCGCAAUAUUUUUUUUUUUAAUUAUUAUUUCGCCUUUUUGUUAUUUAUUUUCUCGUACUUUAUUGCUAUUAUUUUUGUUGCCGCUGUUUGUAAACUAAUUGCCUCCAUGGGGGGCGGAGGAAAGGAAAUCAAAGCGGCCGCAGCUGAAGGGUGCAAAAGCAUGCUGGGGAAGAGCCGCGGAGCCGCAGGACGGGAUGGCAGCGGGAAGCCCGGCUGCGGCGGGGAGCGCUGCCCGCGGCGGGCCGGGCCGUGGGGCUCGGCGCUGGCCGCCCUCCUCUCGGCGCUGGCGGCGGCCUCCUCCGUCUACCUGGGGGUGCGGACCAGCGACCUCCAGGCCAGGGUCGCGGCCAUCGAGGGCGCCCGAGGGGGCUUCUCUGCCGCCGCCCCGCUCCCGCCGCUGCCCGCCUAUUCCCUGGAGCAGCUGAACGCGAUGAUGCAGGAGAAAGUGGAGAGACUUCUCGCCCAGAAAUCCUACGAGCACUUGGCAAAAAUACGAGUAGCGAGAGAAGUGCCGCCAGAGUGCAACUGCCCACCAGGUCCUCCAGGGAAAAGAGGUAAGCGGGGCAGAAGAGGAGAGACUGGUAAGUUUUCAAUUCCUGUAAGAUCCAUCGUUAUUUGAUGUCUGUGUUUUUGUGUGGAUGCAUACCCAGCAUGCCUUCACGUUUAGUAGUAUUGCUUGUGUGCUCUGAAAGAGGGUUCUGAAACUUCUCUGGUAAAAAUUUGUGACCCUUGGCAUAUACCUGGUGGCCUUCCAGAUAGUCUUCUAGUCUUGCGUGUCAUUAAUUUGUAGGCACACUUCAUGAUGCUUGAUGCG